GCGGGCUAAUGAGUUUGCGAUAAUCGUGCAGAAUGAAGCCCCCGCAAAUCGAAACCUUCGGGAAUCAGAAGCGGGCGUCCAUCAACGCAACCUCCGCUCGCACGUCUUCGAAGCAGCCAGAGCUUGACGGCGAAAGAUCCAAGGCAGACCCGCGCACACAUUAGCUCGAUUGAACGCCUCUCAAAGGCAGACGUAGCUGGCUUUCUAGACUGCCACACGACGCCUGCACUUCCCUCAUUAGGAUAGACACCUCCGCAGGUUUGUGAUUUGAACCAGUCGCCAAGCUCCACCAGUCUUCGAAACCACCCAUAGCUCCUCUUGAAAACGGGGGAGAACCCAAGAGAGAGAGAGAGAGAGAGAACCACGUAUUUCAGCUUCGGUCACACGAAUCUCAACGACUCUCACCUAGUCCUCAGAUAUAAAUGACAGGUGUGUCCUGGGUAUCAUCGUUGCUGAACGGUGAUUGGUCUACGUGCCCGUGACGUGUCCAUGACGUAGCCGCGUUGGGUGUGGGUUGCAGUGCGAGCGGGUGUUUCGGGGCGGAGCUUGCCUCGAGCGCGGUAUAAGAAAGGAGACUUCCGUGCUUCCAACCAAUGGUGCGUUCGCAUUGCAGGCGGCACAGAGAAGCCAUGUCGACCAAGCUUGCGUUCCUGGUGAUAUUCUGCGCGGUGGUGUUGCUGCCAGCCAUCGUCCAGUGCAGGUCCCUCUACAACCGCAGCCGGCGAAGCGGCAUCUCCGACCAGCGGCUGGCCGAACUGGAGACCCUUGCUGGGCUCAAGUCCCUCCGGCACCGGCUCAAGGGUAUCUCGUUCCCAGUUGCCUACGGACUCGUCGACCCCAACAAAAUCGGCAAGCGCAAGCGCUCGUUCGAGUCCCUCGAAGACAGUCAGCAGCCGCAGCAGCAGCAGGGCGGCGAAUACCAGACCGGAGAGGACGGCGGCCUCGAAGACCUGCUGAGCGGCAUGCCGACGCCCGACAUGGUGUCCCGGAUGCGGCCGUCCUCUGACCAGCUGCUCAGGAUAUAGGCGCCUUCUUCCCAGCGCCGCGCUCCCACCCUUCUGUCCCCGCGACGGACGAACGAACAUACAAGCAAAAACAAAACGAACCGAACUUCUAGUCACGGCCCUCGCUCGACGUGCGACUUCCCCCAAUCGUCUCGUUAAUGGGCCACGUUCGGUGUUGCCGCGAGGCUUCGUGUUGAAACGGUGUUAGAAUCGUUCGAAAGUACCCUUCAGCUUUUCCCGAGCUGAAGGGUACGCGAUCGAAAGUACCCUUCAGCUUUUCCCGAGCUGAAGGGUACGCGAGCUUUCUGAGCGCACAACGUAUGCGAAAUUGUAAAAAAAUGGCGUAUGCGAGCUGCUUGCAGAAGAGGUAGGCUACGCAGUAACGUUGAAUGAUAUUGAAGGCGGCAGGGUGAAGCCGUAAUCUCGUUUUGCAUAAAGGUAGCUACGGUGUGUUUCUGUUUCCUUUCUCCCAACGCUCGUUGAACGACGACGACGGCGCUAUCUGGUACUUAGCACAGUAGCUGACGCCGUGAUCGAACGUCCGUUUGCAUGCUUCCUUCGACUUGUUCCACAUCAUGUAGAAGAGGGAGUACUGGUUUCAUUGACAGUGCUAGUUAUCGAUGAUCUCUGUAGUACUAUCCGUGCUCCAUAAAAUUUUCUUCACGCAGUCGUUAGGAUCAAUAAAAUCAUUUAGCUAGGCCUGUAACGGUUCAUUAAGUGGCCACACAACUCUCGUUAUCGUCUGCUCAGUGGUAAUGCAGUUCCGCCUUCGCGUGACUGUAGUUCUACUUAGACGAGUCUUCAACUGUUAUGUCGUCGUAAAAAGUUUAUGCAUUUAUAUAUUUAUUUAUUUAUUUAUUUAUUUAUGAGCCCCUUUACACACCUUUCAUGGUAUUUGUUGUUGCCGUUUGUAAAUAGUUCGGUGGCUGUACUUUCUGUUAUUUAUUAUAAGUGGCGUGAAAUACGUUCGAUCAUUCGUUUGCGUACCUUGUUGGGGACAAGUAAUUGUUCUGUGAAAUAAAAUUCGAAGUGAC